GCCCAUGAUCCAGUAAUGGUGCCUGCUUUUUGCACAUAAACCUCUCCUUUAUUCUUUAAACUGAAGAGUUCUUUGUAGCUGUCACAUAGUAAAAGUUACAUUAUUUUCCUCUCAAUAUGGCGGAGGGUCCUAGGGGGCCCGUGGCUGAUCAGCAGCAGCAGCAGCAACCUGUUGACGAUAACAAUGAAGAUAUUGACUCUCCUCGUGUGUCUCUGAAAUCAGUUAGAAAUGGUCUUCAGCUAAGACAGUCAAACAGUGACACUGUACUAAAGUACUAUACCUACAGUAUGGCUUGUCCCUAUAUCACUGGACAGCCCAAACGUGUUGACUGGCGUCUAUUGUCUUUAUUUCACGUCGAGAGUGAGCACAUAAGAGUCCAUGAUCUAAGAGAAGGUGAUGACCUCAAGGAGGCCAUUGAGGCUUACCGGUCUGCACAUGCAAUGGCUGUCAUUAUAAUUAACAAUGAGGAGAGCCAGAUUCUUUCUAAGAAGUUCUCUUCUUUGCUGGAAGGUUUCAAUAAUUACCUCAUUGCUGUCUUGAGUGCUAGCGAAGGCUCUUCACUCUACGAGUUCUUUAAUGAUGAGCAUGAGAUUCAUGCCAAACUGGAAGUUAAGAGCGUCGAGUCAGUCGCUCCAUCUGAAGUUAUUAGCCUCCCGAGCAGUGAAGAAGAUGGAGAUACAGCAAUAAUAUCAGGGAUGGACUCCAGCAUACGAAAUGCAAGUAAAAGUGACCUACCCAGCAAAGGUGUUUUUGGAAAGAUUUUUGGGACUAAUAAACAGAGUUUUGACAUUAAGGGAGAGAUAAGGAAGCUAGUUCUCGAAGGUGAAGUGAUGAAGUGCAUCACUUAUGAGGCUGGCACAUUCACACUAGUGAUGUCCUCCUUCUCACAGUAUGAGAAAUCACCUAAACCAGAUAGCAGUCAGAUCAACAGUUUGAUUAAGAAUGUAUUUCUUCUUUACUUUGAACAACCUUUUCCUACCGAGUUUCCAUUCCUCCUGAUACUUGCAUAUCGCUUUAAAAAAUUUCGUUUACUUUAUGAUUGUGACGAGUUGGGCCCUUUUAUUACGAAAUGUAUUGAUGCAUUUGAAGCUCUCUCACCUGCAAGAAUUGCAGACACUUUGCUUCAUUUUUUUGACUUGAAAGACUUUGACAUCAUGUUUGGUUCUGAUGAAGCCAAUACCAGUGUCUUCAACCUCUUAGCCACAGCAUGUAGAGAACUCAUGAGUAUCUCGACUCAAAUUAAAAGAUCUUCCCGCCAAUCUCCUACCACUCCAGGGAGCAGAUUCAUAUCAACAAGAAUGAUAUGGAUAAUUGUUCACUUGAAGUGUCUCAGUGAAAAAGGAUUGGCUAAAAAGUCAGACAUUGAUAUCUGGCAAACUCACCUCCUGAGGCAACAAAUAGCUCAGCAUGUUGUCCUUACUAAGGAAGUCAUUGAUGAAUUUAAGGUAGGCCUUUAUUUUUCCAAAAAGCUUCAACUACCAGAAGAACUGUGCCUUACCACACAUGACAUGACCAACUUUGUAGCAAAUGAAUAUUACAUUAGACCACUAGCAGCUGUGAGGGACUUCUACAUGAGCCUUGAGAGUAAUGUUAGAAGUGAUCGUGAGCUCCUGGUUCAUGUUAUGAUCAAUUUGAGAUCUAUCUAUACUCCUUUUUUACGCAAUCCUGACCAGAGACAGGUGGUUAAAGCAAGUCAACAAGAAACACUAAUGGGAGUGAUAGAAGAGGGUAUAUCAUUUCUUGAUGGUAUGAGGGAUAUCUGGUACAACAGACAAUGGAACAAAGGCGAACAGCACAAAGACUUUAGGAUUGAGAUCCUUAUGUGGCUAAAACUCCUCCUUUCUGUCGUAAAACUCACCGAUCCUAACACCCCCUCACUCCUAAAGAAAUUCCUUGGUGUGAAGCGGAACAGUAUUGUGACAGAUGCAGAGUUUCGUAAAAGUGUUACAGAUCAAAUUUUAAAUGAUGCUAGGAAAAAUUUUCACAUUCUUUCUAUUCAGCAGUUCUUUGUAUUGUACAAGUCAUUUCGUAUCUGGCCUCUUAAUUUUCUUCACGAGUUUCUUAAUCAAUAUCGUAUACCGGCUAAUGUUAGGAUAAAUGAUGCUACUUGGUCCGAAUUCUUUAAUGUUGUCCUUGACCGCAUGAGAAGUGAAGAAUCUCAGAGCUACUUGUUUUCUUUCAUCACUAAAAUUGCUGAGAAGUACAAAGACAGUGAACGUGCCAAGGACUUUAUCCCAGAGCUCAUUCAACUUGAAGUUCCUCAGCUCUUUGCUGCUCCUCGUCCCUCCUCUCCAUUAGAGGGAGAGGGACAUGAAGAGACUAGUGUUGGUCAGCAGUUUAAGGAUUUCUUGAUGUCUUAUAUUCAGAGGAACAACUUACGGGGUGUUAUAAUGUCACAGCUCCAAAUACUUAUAACUCAUAUUACUGAUAAGAAAGAUAACGUCAACUUCCAGUGGAUCAUACUGGGGGUUUUACAGUCGGUGGUGGUUCCGGAGUUAAAAUUACUAGAAGGUUCUGAUAAUGAGCACAUUCGCUCAGUUCUUCCUGUUUCUGUGAACCUCCUAGUCCAGAGUCCUUCCUGGUUUGGAGCACUCUCUCCUCGUCAGAAAUUCUGUUGGGGUGUGGUCUCAACAACUUGCAGUAAACUAGUUGUUACGGCUAAUAACUUUGAUUGGGUGAAUAAUCAAACAGUCAUACAACAUCUUGGCAUAAUCUAUAACACAUAUUGUAAUUCUCGUAAACUCUAUGGUAGCAACUGCCUCCUGUCUGAGAACACUCCUGAAGAAAUAGCCACUUGUCCUUGGGAGGACGUUAAGAAGUACUUCCAAUGGGUUAGGAGAGUACAGGAUAUUUUACACUUCUGGCAGGGGAAGUUUACCUCUGGCAGUAUCAAUUUUGAUGAGCUAAUGUCUUACGCUAGUAACAGUGUGGCAUUGAAUGCUCUGGGUAGAGCAGUGUGUGCUGGUUCCUGUAUUAUGGAGAUGGACAGCGUGACACAAGUUAAGGACACUUACCGUUAUAAUUUUGAGCAGUUGAAUCUUUAUUUAUUGCGUUAUGUACCUGGUCAUCCUGAAGUUAAAUACUGCACUCUUCCUUCUUUACUGAGUAAGUAUGGUGUGGCUAUACCUCCUGGUAUUCAAGACUCCAUUGCUAAGCAUGUUAUUUUUCCUGGUGAUCGCUCAGCACCAAACAAGCUAAAGUUGGUUAAUAUAAUUCCUGCACCACACAAUAGGAUAUUUGAGCCAGGCCAUGAUGUAACUUUAAAUUUGACUCAAGACUUUACUCUCUCCGGCCUACAGAAUCUCAUUGAAGAUUUAGCUAAUUUUCUUGACCCACUGAUUAUAUCUCUUGACAUGUUGGUUUUCUUUCACCUCCAUCAAAGUGAAAUGUUUGAGAAACAUUUACUGAAGCAACUUCAGAGCAUCAUAGAACCUCCCAGUUCCUUAGCCAAGUCCCUCAAGCCACCAGCUGGAGGGUUCUCUCUAGUACCCUCACUGAUGCCUUCAGUGACGUUUGCUAGAAAAGAGACAAGUGAUAAAAUAUAUAAAGGAAUUCCAAUGACAACAUUUAAAUCAGCUUUAGAAGGAGUGAGGGACUUACUACUGAAGAUAGUGGAAGGUACGGCUACAUACUCCGAUAUAACAGCGGAGGGAGCCAUCAAACUGGAAACCAUCAACACAGAGAAAGAGUUUUCAACUCUACGCACUUUCUCUGAGACGAUGAAUCGCGAUAAUUUAGGGCUUGAUGGUGUCAGGUCAAUGCUUGAACUCUUCCAGUUCACUUAUCACAUUCAAACAAUUGAUGCUGUUUUUGAACAGUACGGACUAGAGAACUGUAGAUCAGACCCGACACUCAAAGAAUUACUGAAGAUAAUGGAAGAACUGAGACCCGAAGGCUCACGAGCUAAACUGACACCUCUUGAAGCUAUGGAGAAAAUGAGCUUUAUAAAGAAGUCCCUUUGUCUACAGAAUGCCACGAGUUACGAGUGUCUCAAUCUCUUCCCAGCUGUAGCUAACAGUGCUGCCUUCUACCAGUUCAUACGUGACAAACAGUUUGUGGGUCAAAGAGGAAACGCUUUAUUUCACGAGCAGUACCAGUUGAUCACGGCACAGCUGCAACACGAGGAGUAUGAUGAAAACGUUCUUAACCAUCUUCGUGUCGCCUUUGAGUGCCUCUCUCCUUUUAUGGAGUCCGAUAUUAGUUUUAAUGAGCUGAUGAGUCGUGUGUCUCGUCUUGAUGCAACUCACGGACUCAAGCAGCUAGAGACUGUGAACGAGAAUAUAACACUCAUUAGGCUCUGGUUCUCAAGAGCUGAGGGUGAUACUAUUGAGAAUGUCGCCAAUGAGCUCGAUAACAUUAUCUCAACUGGUUUAUACCAGUUCUUUUUAUCAGGCCACCACUCCUCACCACAGAUAUACCUGCUCUACAAGACGCAGCAGAAGAUAAGUCAAACCCAGGCCCUCCGGUCCCAGAACAGGCUAGCCCCACCACAGACCCAGCUGGAAGAUAGCGACAAGUUAAGUGAUAGCGAGAUUGAUAAACUUGGUGGUGCUGAUUUCACAACAUUACCCACAGUGUUCCCAUCUCCUCAGCCGCAGACCUUUGGAGGGAACCCACUCCUGGCCCAGCGUGAUCCUAAUGCUCCUUUCUCUAAUAUAACGAUGGGCGGAGUCGAUCAGAGGUGGUCUAACGAACAGAUUUCUGAUUUUGUGAGAAAACUAGGUUUCCUUGAUGCCGAGAAGGAGGGUGGUGGUAAGAUCAAGUUGUUCCUUCAUUUGAACACAACUGCUAACAAGCUAAUGGAUCUCUACAUUAAGUUGUAUGAGUUAGGUCAUCCUGACUAUCAGGAGUAUAAGUCUUUGCCUUUUCUACUGUGUUCAGUCCCAGUGUCUCAAGCUGAUAAAAUGGUACAAGAGACUGAAGACAUAUUAAAAGAAUGGACGGAGAAGGUUGUUGCUUUACGUCAGCAGUACACAUGGUUGCUCUUCUUCUCAGUCCCUAAGCUAUUGAAGCUCCAUGAUCUAUUGAUAAAUGACUCCAUUGAUAUCAGUGCUAUUGUACACUCCAUCUCUUUCCUUUUUGAGAAUGCAGUUCAUGUCAGGAAUUGCUUGGAACCAGUCAUACAGAAUGCUCUUGUUCCUCUUUGUAAUGGUGAAGACCACUCCCCAAUGCAUACGCUGGGGAAGUUUCUUGAGACAGUUUGUACGUCACCCGAACUGAGUACUUUCCUCCUCAAGCAGAGGAGCAGUCGCAAGGGAAGUGUCUCAGUUCCAAGGACAAUGUCGUUCUCCAUUGCUUCACCAGCUGGCUCAGCGUCGGCCUUGGCCCUCCAUCAGUUACACUAUUGUCCUGGUUACUCUCAUGCCCAGCUGCUUCGUCUCAUUACUGAGCUUUAUGAAGGAGUCCCUGAACCUUUUGAAGUCUUUCGCUGCUCGUCUUCAACAAAACAAGAAGAACUGAACCUUUUUACCGAGAGACUACGACACCAUUCACUGACUUACCUGAUACUUGAAGUUAAUAAACUUCUGUUUAAACUACAGGAGUUGUUGAUGGAUCUACCAAGACGACCGCCAGCUAAAGGUUGUGACAAAUCAAUUGUUCAUUUUAUCGAAACGGCUCCGUCAGUUUUAAGGGAAGUACCAUGGAUCACUACCAGAGAAUAUAAGAAGGAUGGGUUGAAGCUAUCAUUUGAAGCAGCUGCCAAACAGUGUAAGAAGAAGAUAAUCCGCUCUCAAGACUUCAGCUGCAUACAAUUAGUAGCUGGUCACGCUGGAGAUGGUAAAACUCAUCACAUUCGGAAGCAAUUGUCCCGAUGUCCGGAAUCACUGACCAUAGCGGUCAAUGAGGCCUUCACUCCUCUGUCAGCCAUAAACAAGCUAUCAAUACUCUCUUGCUCUUGUGUUGGGUCAGCCAUUUUCUUUAACUUUACCCUAAUGCCUUACAAUACUGAGGACUCUCAGGACGACAGUGAAAGGGAUCACCUCAAGACCCUGGUUGAAACCAUCAGCUGGUUCUUCUUUGAUCUACUUGUCCUUGGCUAUGUUGAAGAUACCAAUACAGGUGCUUCGUUUCGCAUACCAGGAGGACUUGAAUGGGCCAUUUACAUUGAGGUACCUUCUCUUGGCCCUAAUUCUACACCGGAAGAGUCUCUACAUUUAUUUUGUAAUGCUUUGCCGACCCUUGGCUUGUUGGGGACUCCUCAUUGCAUCCAUCACGCCACUCCUUAUGCUGUUGAUGCUGAUGUACAGCUGGUCUGUAAGUACCUCAGGGCCUUCAAGGCUCACAGGAACAGCCAACCUGGAAUCAAUAAACUAUACAAAGAGCCUCCACCUGGUUAUCCUGCCAAUUUACCUAAUCCAAUUGUAAAAUUCAGUUUGGAUGAGGACCUUUCUCCUGAUGAGUGUCACUCACUUCUCACUGAGUAUAUGCCUGACCACAUUCAGAUGACUAAAAUGACACAAAAACUAUUCAUCAUGUACAUGAAAAGAAGGUGUGCUUUUCUUGAUACAUUCCCAGCAUUUAAUUUCAACACUGGUGUGGGUGAGCCACUCAAGGAUGGCUCAGGCAGACACACUAAUACUAAAGAGUUGGGGUCAACCCUGAUGGUGACAAUGCUGGAGGAAGUGACCAAUUUCUGUCACCCUGCGAUACAGCAGGACUGGUCCAAGAAACCACAUCAGCAGCUGAUAUACGAUUUCCGUGAUGGUGGAAGCAGCUUUGGGCUCCUCUCACUUAAUCUGGAGAACCUUCCAGAAGAGAACAAGAGGAGAUAUCGUAACAUUGGAUUUGAGCUACACCCAACAGCUAAAUUACAAGAGCGAGGUAUCUUAGAUCAAUAUCUAUCAAGAGCACUUGGUCUUCCAGCUGAAGAAGGCAAUCGACUCUCAGCCAUUGAUGAAGCACAGUACGUCCUAACCCUGGACUACACAAUUAAGAUGCUGAAUAUUAAUGAGCGCUACGAGUGCGGGGUACCAGUGAUCAUAAAGGGAGAGACUGGAGUGGGUAAGACUGCUCUAGUGGACAUGUUGAGUAGAUUAUGGAGCAACGCAUUACUAUAUCAGUGGAACAAGGAGAGAGGGAUCAUCUUUGACAGUAUCAGAGAUUUAUUAGGUGCUAAAGCUGAAGACUCUUUGGAUACCUUCCAAACGUGUAUUGAGACCAUGGAAGCACUGGCCGUUGGGCGUGAGGUUCCUCUUGAAAACCUUGAGACACUAGCGGAACUAUCAGACCCAACCUCAACCAGUGGACAGUUCUUCACUCGACUGAGACAGCUGCUACUGGACAUGUCCAAUAAUCCUGCUAGUGCUUUACUGGUGCUACCUUCAGAGAACAAGAGGAAGAGGAGGAAAGAGGAGAAAGAAGGUGACAUGGAGACGUUAGAUGAAUACUUCAGAGCAGCAAGAGCUAAUAAUACCAGCAAGACGACUGCUCUUCUUCUUCAAAAAGUUCUCAAGGCCAGAGUUAGGAAGACAUUUCACAAGCUAAACGUUCAUGCUGCUUUGACUCCUGACGAAAUUAAAAAGUUCUUUAAUCCAGUCUUUACUCAAGCUAAGCUUUUGUCUGACGUUUACGAAAAAGCUGACAAACUCAAAAAAUCAAAGAUUAAGCUACCAUUUGUGACUGUGUUUCUUGAUGAAGUCAAUACCUCUUCAUGUCUUGGUUUGUUCAAAGAGAUUCUCAUCGACCGAACUAUUGAUGGACAAGCAAUCCCACAGAAUGUGUUCAUUGUUGCUGCCUGUAAUCCUCACCGUGGUAACAGCAUGGUGACACAUGCAGCUGAGACGUGGGUCCGAAGUUCCUAUUACGUGAGACCCCUGCACCCAACCCUUGAAUUCCUUAUAUGGGACUAUGGAUCCCUCAAUGAGCACCAGGAGAGAGACUAUAUUACCGCCAAACUGAAAAUGUUACACCAGCAGCUGCCGAAUAUUGAGGUGGUUACUCUGACUGAUCUCAUAGUUGAGAGUCAGAGCCUAAUGAGACGUUACGCUGCUCGUCAGCUCCGGAAGCAAGGGAUGAAACCGGAGGAGGUAGAGGUCUCGUCUCACAGCUGCGUGAGUCAGAGAGACAUACAGAGAGUCUUUACAUUCUAUCAAUGGCUCAUGAGUGUCUAUCGUAACGUGAGACUACACGGACAAAAAGAAGUUGAUUAUAAUCGUAGAGCAGUCAUGGUCUCACUUGGUAUAGUGUAUUACAUGAGGUUGGAUAGUGAGGGUAGGAAGGACUACCAGGCCAUACUUGAUAAGAAGUACAAGCUACCAAACGAAGUCAAUUUCACUCAAGCGUUUAACGAUGAGCUCAACUGGUUCUGUGAGAGCAUAGAGCUGCCUCCAGGCAUAGCAAAGACCCAGGCUCUCAAAGAGAAUAUAUUUGCCGCCAUAGUUUGUACAGUGACCCAUACCCCUCUCAUUAUAGUGGGGGCCCCAGGGAGCUCAAAAACCCUCUCGUUUAAUCUGACUAUCGCUAAUCUCAAAGGACCAGAAUCUAAGAUGCCACUUUUCCGAAACACAGAUAUAUUCAAAUCCCUUGAUCCUCACUUCUAUCAGUGCUCUAGGAGGACCACCUCUAAUGAGAUACAGACCGUGUUUUCCCGGGCAAUCAACCGCCAACGCUCUCACGCCAAGUUCUCUCUCCCAAUAUACUGUGUGGUUUUUAUGGACGAGGCCGGGCUCCCAGAAGAGAGCCACGAGUCUUUAAAGGUUCUCCACUAUCACCUUGAUAAACAGGAGGUAUCAUUUGUUGCCAUUACCAAUCACGUUCUUGAUGCUGCUAAAACCAAUCGAGCUGUGAGCCUCUUCCGUCCCGAGGUCUCUAGUGAUGAUCUGAAUACUCUCGCUAAAGGUUGUCUCUGUGAUAAUCCUCAGAAUCCUCCUCCUGAACUGCGUAAGGAUCUUGACAUCAUCGUCCAGUUCUGCCCAGCCUAUCGGAGCCUCAUGGAGAACACUAACAUGAAAAAGUUUUUCGGUUUGAGGGACUUCAUUCAUUUCAUUAAUUUCCUUCGUCGGAGGCGGACAGACGGACUGACCCCACAACUGGUCCUAGAAGGACUGGAGAGGAACUUUAACGGAAUAUAUUGGACAGAACCAGGAGAGACUGAGUCGUUUCAAUGGCUCUGUCAGCUGUUUCUGGAUAAGAUGAAGACAGUGGAUGGCCAGACCCCCAUUAGUCUUGACUCAGUCCAUCAGAGAAGCAUUCUUGAAGUAUUCCACACUUCAUUGCUGGACCGGCCGGAGAGAGGAGGAGGGGAGAAUGAGGUUCGUUAUAAGCUAAUCAUUGAUCCUUCGGAGGACAGCAGUUUAGUUCAACUUCUGAUGACCUUUGAAGUACUCGACAGAAAGAAGACUCAUGUUUAUGUCUGUUCUGAUUUCCCUGGAGACAGUCAAGUACAAAAGAUCAACACUAUAGCUGCAAUACGUCACUCAGCCAUUGAAGGUCACACAGUAGUUAUGAGUCAGACUGACGAUAUUCAUGAAAGUUUCUACGACCUUUUCAACCAGCGGUUCCGUAGAAUCGAUGACCCUGAACACGGUCCUCGUUACUAUGCCAACAUUGCCAUAGGGGCCCAUUUGAAACCCUCUCGGGUCCACGGAGACUUCCAAUGUGUCGUCGUUGUACGAGAGAGCGAGGUGAAGGACACGCCCGCUCCAUUUUUGAAUCGGUUUGAGAAAUAUUGCAUUAGUCACCAGACCCUAUUGGCAACAGCUAUACGACACCUUCCCCCUUGCAUCAGAGUAAUACUGCAGGCUACUAGGAGAAAGCUGGACGAAUUCAUUAACAUUGUUAACGGCAGUAACAGUUUGUAUGGUCUUAAAAACGAGACGCUCGACUCUCUCCUCUUGUCACUCCUCCCACCGUAUGGCCACACCUAUAAGGCCACACCUCCUGACACCCCAGUAGGAGGUGAUAAUGUGGAUUUGUAUUUAUUGCAAGAGUUACUUCGUUCAUUGAGAAACUCAGCUGGUUUUGCAGUACCAGUUACGACAGUUGGUGAGUUAGAAAUGGAUGCUAACUACAUAUUUCCUCUUCUUUGUCGUGAUGCCUCGUUUGAUGAAGCACAUCAAAACCUCACAAUAGAAUCAGCUCAUCAAGCCGUCUCCGAGGCCCUCAGGGUACUCCACACUGCACCGGACCCCCAGGACGAGGUCGGGGCUCAAAUUGACAUGUCCCCAGAGGCUUGUUUAGCGGUGGGCCUCCUCCAGCAGUGGCUCAUCCGUCACAUGACCAAACAGCUGAUGAAACUGAUGACGUCAGAGGCUGUGACAGUACACAGGAAACAGAUACCAGCUUCUUAUAUUGAUAACUACCUCACUCAUCAGCAACACUUUAGUCUUAAGAAACUGAUCGACUUUCAGUUAAGAGCAUUAGAGUCUUGUAAAGGUGAUAAUCGUUUGUGUAGCAGUAAAGUUCUAUCAUAUACUCGAUCAUCUCCCAUUAUUCAUGAACUGCCUUCAAACUUCUCUCAGUUAGCUGAUUCUAAAGGUCUUGAUGAUAAAAGAGAGAGGACAAUCAGUGAACUCAUUUAUUCACAGCCUGACAAGGUUGUCCUUAGUAAAGUGACGUCACUGCAGUCACAGAGUAAUGUCCAAGAACUACUAAAGUCUUUUGUACAAUCGCAGGAUAAGCAGAUACUGGUUCUUGUUACUAAUAUGCAGGAAGUGAAGCAGGAUACUGUUAAUCACCUUCGUGUUAUGAUUGAAGAAGCAGAGACUCUAGCUGUACCAACGUCCUGUAAAUUAUUCGUACUUUUGCUUCACUUCCCUCCCGCCAUGUUCUUUGAUGCCUGCUAUCCGUCUCUCUUCCUAAGAGGGUGGAGUCAUUAUUAUUUGGAUUCUAUUGGGCGGAGCUCCAGUGCUCAUCCUGGAACCCUUGACAUCGAGGAGUGGUUCCAACGGUGCUGCUUCCCCGAGAAAGUAUUUGCUGAGGAUACAUUAAUGAAAUCAUCUCAUCAUCUCCUGAAAGGUGUCAUACCAGUUCUUGCCUCUCACGUCAAUUAUGGUACUCGUUCAAAUGGCCCCUUUACCCGACCUAUGAAAGCCUCAGAACGAAAUAACAAACUAAAAGAACUUUUAGAAGAAAAGGGUCUUGGGCCUAAACUACUCUCCGUGUUCCGAUCAUUUUGGAAACCCUCUGUGAUGGUUGAGCACUUGGAGAGGGCGGCCAUAUUUACUCAAUCUCACGAAUCAAGUCUUAAUAUCACUGACGCUGUUCAGACGAUAUUUCAAUCAAUAUUCACUGAUUUCAUGAUCGUCAUGAUGAGUAGAAUCAACGAGAAUCGUAACAUUGACGUUCUCUUCUCUCCCGAUGGUUCUUCGGAGGCUGUUAACAAACUCUUCCUAGCUCUUAUUGACUCUGUUAACGUUCCAAAGUUUGAUAACCUAAAACUGCUUGCUUCUUCUUUGCCUGUCCCUAAACCACAGGAGCAUCAGCCAUCAUUCCCUUUCUUUAAUUUGGUGUAUAAGGACAUGGAGAAGUUGAUAGAUGAAGCAAAAAUAGCUCGUGGACAGCAGGAGAAUAUAUUAGAGGAAGCUGGGAUUGAGGGCGAGACCCCACCCCCUUCGUCAAACUUUCAAGGUGACUUUGAGGCUGGAAUAAAGGCAGUCGCUGAUCAUGUUAUUCAAAGGAUAGAACGAGAAAUUCAGGGAACACUAUCAAAGAAGCCAGCUGUCUUCACUGCCCUGUCAUUAUUCAACGCUGAGUCUGAGGAACUCUGGACUAGAUACUUUACUGAUUUCAUUCACAACUGCCUCCAUCUUGAAGGAGGAGUAACAUCACUGUCCCAUCGUAUAAUCUGUGCCUUCUUCUCAGACCUAUACUCCCAGCCUCCAAUCUAUCGUCUGGUCUAUUUACAUAUUUACGUCGAAUACAACAAGCUGAGUCUUGGGAACAUUGCCUCCUUACUGCGUCCUCUAGAGAGGAUCUGGCACGUUGCCGAGGAGGCCCCUAGUCGUUUGACACCCAAAUCACAAUCUCCUGCCAGAGAGUUCAUAGCUGCCAUUGAACAGACUAAGAUUCCUUUCGGUGAUCCUCAGAAAUUAAGUCAGUUUGUCGUGUCGGCACUUUUCUCUUCUCUUGUCGGGUCCGUCUAUCCUAAGGAGAAAGUUGAAGGAGAUGAUGACGAUAAUGGUUUUAAUUUUGAUAUUCUUUACGACUGGUACAAUGCUUAUCUUCAAGUAAUGACAAUGCCAGCCCUAGUAGUCCAUCUUUACUCCACUCCACUGCCUCCUGAGGAAGAAGCAAAGUUCAAUAUAAUGCAGAGUUCUUUCUUGUUCAUUCACAGCUCAACGAGACAAUCAAAAGAGACGCUCAAUAAAUCUACAGAAAUAUCCAUCAAUUUACUGACUCAAUACUUCUAUAGAAAUUUGACAUUAAAGGAUAACACACAGGUACCUCGUCUCAACGAAUGUGCUAACGUUCUUGCUGAACUCAUUAAGAAAUCAACCGAUACCAAGGUGCCACAAAUUGAGCUCUUUCGUAGAAUAAUCGAAGGACUUUUUGAGCACUUCUUUUCACAGCAUAAAACAAACUUCCAUCCUGAUGAUCGUGAUUGGUUUCUGAAACUAGCCAACGCUCAGCAGGAAUGGCGAGCAUCAGAUCAGCUCCUUAACGAAGUGGUAGUCAGUUCCAGUUAUUCCGGUGAUUUGGUCUCGGCUAUGGAGUCAUCGUUACAAAGAACUCGCUAUAGACCCCACAUAAUGGCCGACAUACCCUCAGGCUGUGUGUCCAUGUUCGUCUUCAAGAUGUAUCUCUCACGUAUCCUUGGGGUAUGUGAGCAACAAGAGCAGCAAACAUUAAGUGAAGACACUUCAACUCAAUCCACUGACCUCUCUUACAGUGGUCCGUUGCUUAUGUAUCAACCUGAUGCUCGUCAACAUGUUGCUGAAGUCCUCUCAGCUGAUAGUAAUGGUGACGAGGCCUCAUGCUAUGUGCCAGUGUUCUAUCAAGACUGUAAAGCAUUGAAGAAACAAACUGACAGUCGCCUGAUGCAGCAGCCAUUGUGCCAUUUGUAUUUCCUGACCUUGCUGGAGCAUUUAAUGGCCGAGCCAAGAGACGUGAACAGUUUAGUUAGGCUAGUCGGCACCAUCAGUCAAUUGUAUAGGCCCCAGUCCAUACCAACUGGUGAGAAGAUGCUCCUCCAUAUUGAGAAGCAAGCUGUAGUUCAGUGUCUAUUGAAACAAGUGGCAGUUCUGUUUAACUGUGAUCCAAAUAAGCCAAUCAAGAAUAAAGAUUUGACUCCAGUGAUUGAUGAGCUCAAUGAGAUAUUGAGUGAGGAAUCAAUGGGCGGAGGAUUAGGAGGAGGGCACCACCUCUCGCUGGGUAUGCACCUCCUCCGUCACCUCAACAGUGCCAGGAAGUUCACAGAAUUAUUAACCACAAGAUAUCAGCACCUCCAGGACAUACAGUGUAUGCAGGGAUUCCACCAGCAGCUUAAAACCCAGUCUGAGAGUAAGCCUUACCUGUUUCCGUUCAUGCAAGUUAAUGAUGAGAGUCAGCUCAGUAAACUCUAUCAUCAGGUGAAGACUGCCAUGCUUGCCGUGGAUCAGAGCAGGGGAUCACAGGCGGCCAUUGACCAGCUGGUUAAGAUUGCUGACGACUGUUCAAAAGUUCCUCGUAAACAAUCAAGAGUAACGGACUCGGGUGUGCCCCAAAUUGAAAAGAAAUUUGCAUUCCGAAUGAUGCUCUGGCUAGUCAGCUAUUAUGACUUUUUCUUUGCAAAAAAAACCUCUCGACCCGUGAGUCUUGUAAUAGCCCAGCAGCUCAAGCCUUACAUCAAAGAUGACGGAGUCAUAAGACUUAUACAGUGCUUCCUGUACCCUCGCUGGCUUAUCAAGAAACCUGAAUCACCGAUACCGCUAAGAGAGGAUGCACCUGUUUUACAAAUGGGUCCUAAUGGACGCGUUGCAAAGGUUCAGCAUGAAGGGGAAGAGGUGGAUCCUCUUUAUGAAUUAUUAGUGCCGCCUCAACUGAGACCAAGAGAUCAGUCAGAACUGGACAUGUGCCAUUGUCUUGCUAACCUUAUUGCUACUAUACUUGGCUGUCAGCCUCAGUCUAAUCACUUGUGGUAUCAUUUGUUCUCUCCUCAUGAGCUUAAAGACACCUACAUGACUGGAUUCAUGUAUAAAUCAAAGAUAAGCCCAGAGGGUCUGUUGUACGACUGUGGUGUUGAAUUGACAGCUGAUGGUCAAUAUGGCCGACCAGACUACAUUGCUCAUGCCACCAGAGGAACUUACACUCUUCACUCGCUCUACUUCUUACUUUGGGCCAACUUUGGAGCAUUCAGCAUCUCUUUAUUAACACAAACUGAAUCACAGAAUCGUAUUCAUGGUGACAUUAUCUCUGACUGGCAGGCAGUGAGACAUUACUGUGUAUCGCAGUUGAGGACAAUGUGGGCACACAUGAGAAAUAAUCUCGGGGUUUCUGAUGAAGAGAGGUCCUUCCUCGUCACUCGCUGUUUGAUGAACAUGUAUCAGAUCAACAGUGAUCCUAACAUUAAUCUAAUCGGGAAGAUGAGAACCAUGGAAGAACUUAAUGAGUAUGAGAGUAUGUGGCAUAACAGGAUAUUCGUACCUGCUAGACUGGAACUGAGGGAAAAGUUCUCUCAGUAUGAGAUACUGUGGCAGAAUCAGCUCUUUGUUAACAUAAGACAUCUUGAGUCCUGUUAUCCUAAAUUCCCGAGUGAAAAAGAUUUUGUUAAUGUCAUUCAAGGAGAAAGUGGAGGUAAUGAUGGAGAAGGAUCUACUGGCGUUGGAAUGUUGCAAAGAUUUGUACUGGAAAAGGAAAGAUUACAGGUUGGAGGCCAGUUGCUGCCAGACCUCAUCCAACUCUAUCAAUGGAUUCACACUCAUCUCUCUCAUCUUGUCUCUCUGGAAAGAGCUUACAAUAAACUUACCAUCGGUCGUGUCAUCAAGCUGGCCAGUCGUCACAGUUACCCUGGACUCCUUGAUCUUUACCAGAGGGUCAAAGAUAAGUAUAAUCAGUAUGUUGAGCUUGUGGGUGGAGCUAUAGGUCAGGGGGCGUGUGCAGCAGUGAGGAGAGGUAACAGGAUGUACGUUAUUGCUGAUGACCUUCCGUUCCUUCACUUCCUCUCCGAUUCUCAAGAUGAAGGUGAUGGUAAUGAUUGGUUGUACACUGUCAUUGAGGACAUUGUUGGAUCACAGAACCUGCUGGUUCAGUCAUUGUACGUUAACGUGGAGGGAGAGAGGGACCAUCCAUUGGCUCGUUUGCUUCCAGAAACUACUUAUAUAUACGGAACUGAGGCUAAUGAACACAGCUGCAUAGUUGGGAAACAAAGCAGUCAUCGUACUAUUAGUGAGUUUCUCCAGUUGGUUCGCUGCAGAAUAGAGUCCAAUGGUUUUACGAGUACGUCUUACAUCAGAGGGACUCCAACUUUACUGCGCUCCACUCCAAAGUUAAUGUCAAUAACUGACGAAAGAUCACUACCUAUUACUCAUCUCUCUUUCAAUCUGCCCCAGCUGCAAGAAGUUAUUGUCCGCCAUUAUCUGUCCGGAAAACCCAUCAUACGAGACGUAUCCAGUUUAAGAACUCUCUUCAAGUUCCGUCACUCUAAAGCUCCCGUCAUUAAAAGAACAGUCUCAGAUCCAAUGGGUGGGGCCUACAGCCUGUCGUCUAUUGAGGACACACUCCACCCUUCCCUCCAGUCUCCGCUGCAACCUAACCUUGAGAGGAGAUUAGAAUAUGACUUCCAUAAUUGCUCUUAUCAUUCCCUGACUGAGAUUGUUGUUGGUCUAAAGACAGCACUGGGCCAUCUUGUCAAGGUAAUACCACGUGAUGGUUCAGUAAAUCAACAGACACAGAACAGUUUGCUCCGUUCCUUCUUGUGCAAUCAGUUUGAAGAACAGCAACUGCACGAUGAGAGUAACAGAAAGACUAACAUACUAAAUGAAAUUGGAAUUAGAAACUUAACUGUAGCACAGACUAGCUUCCUGGAGAGUCUUCCUUUAUGCUUUGUGUAUGCUUCACUCUCCCUCUUUCUCCGCUGGGUCAAGGAAGGGUUUUAUGACUUCAGUUUUCUACCAGUUGCACUUAAAGUUCAUCUCUUACAAGAAGACUCUGUGACUAUUGAUGAAAUACCAGCUGCUUUUAACGGCACUUGGUCUCAGUUACUAUCAGAGUUGAAGGGACUUAAUGAGGUCCUUAUUCACGUUGAAGCUUAUUUGAUUAAGGAAGUGAAUGAGGAGGCUAGUCAUAGGAAGCCAAUGAUGUCUGUAUUGAAGGAGCUAGGUUUAUUAGAAGAUGAGGAGAUAUUGAAAUUGAUUCCUGAUACAGUGUCUGUGCAUCAUUAUGUACAACUGAGGCUACAUUUAAGAAGGUUGAUAUCAAGUGUAGAGCAGAGACUAGCAAUUGAGUCCUCACUAUUGCCUGAUCACAGUUCAACAGUGUGGACUGAAUAUGUUGACAACUUGUGGAAUGAUUAUCUUACUAACCUCAGAGAUGAAGGUUUUAUGUAUAUUGAUCCAGCACUGCUGAAUGAAGACAUUACUGGUGGCUAUGGUUUUUGUGGUGAGGAUUCUGACACAGACAGCACCAGUGGUUUAGCUGAUGUUUUGAAUGAUGAUAAUAUCAUUGUACCUGGUGCAUCAGCUACAAUGUAUGAUCAAGACUCAUAUGAGCCCAUAUCAAUGGAUUACAAUGAUCCUAAUUUACUCCUUAAUAAUUCUUUGACAACUCUCAAUAGUGGAUUCACUACAAUGGCUGGAGUGGGUCAUGAAGUACAGGACACUUUAAGACGAGGUUUAGAAGAUCCACAGUUGAGAGAGGAAAUGCUGAAAUUAAUAACACAAAAGAAAGAUGUAGAAGAUCAAGCAACUCAAGCAAGAGAAUACACUCCUGAUAAAAUAGCUGAUUUUCUAGCCAGCAUCAAUCUUGGACAGUAUGCUCAAGUUUUUCUUGAUGAGGAAAUAAAUGGGUCACUACUUCUCUCGGCGGGUCGUGAAGUAUUUUCUGAUCUUGGAGUAGCCAGUGCUGUCCAUAGCACUCAAAUUGCAGUUCAGUUCAGAAGGGAGCUACAGGGCAUUGACAGGGAAGAGUCCUUCCAUGAUAUGAAGGCACUUACCUCAACAUCAGGAGGUGGUAAACUAAACCAGCACAAGAAGAAGUUAGAUUCUGCUGGUGUUGAUGUAGACAUGUUGUUAUAUGCGCAUCAGAAGGAAUAUCUUGAAGAACUAUUGAAAGAGCUAGGUAUUUCUAAAGCUCUGGAUAAAACCAGGUUUAAGGAUGCUCUUAAAGAGCUUUCAUUGAGCUCACCUGUUGGACAGAGUCAUCCCUCUCCUCCUAGCUACAUUGCUUACUCUACUCCUGUUUAAUAAAAUUCUACUAAUUAUUAUUAUUGUUGUCGUUGUUGACUUACUUGUAAAAUUAUAGACUUUAUUAUUAUGAUAGUGAAUGUAAUUUGUACUUUGAUUUUACAUAGAUUGUUAUUAUGUUAUCAAUAAAAUAUAGAAAAUAACAGAUCUCCAUGUCAUGAA